AUGGCUCCGUCGGGAUCGUCGCUACUAGCGAGCCCGUUGACAAUAGUGUGCCGAGCCAGCUCGUUCCUCACACUCCCCGUGGCCCAUAUCCCUCCAGGCGAGGUGCUGGCGGCGCAAAUGCAGCUGCUCGAAGAUGCUACUUUCCUGAUGCUCUUGGUGUUUGGCCUGUUUGUACCGUGGUUCUUCAUACUCAAGUUCGAUUAUGACCCCCGCUACCGUCUCGUCAAUCUGUUGUUCUGUGACCUUGUGGCAACUAUGGCGUGGGCGCUUGCCUUCUGCCAGAACUUCCCGUUCAGUAAUGUGGUGUAUAUGGGGCUUGUUGCCGUGCCUUUAGCGAGCUACAUCAGAUUGGUGGCGGCCCAUUUCCGCCAGUUAAAGCUCCUCAAGUACCCCACUCACGUCAUUGUCGAUGCGAUCCCGUUACAGGACGAACGGGGGAUCCACUACCUGCAGUUGAUCUGCAUUAUGGUCGAGGUGUUGUGCUUGGAGAAAGGUCACCCGAUGGUCGUCCUCAGCUUGGUGUACACGUUUUUGUUGACGGCAGCGCUUCUUGCUUGGCCUCAGCUUCAAUGGGGCCCCGAGUUGCGGCUUAUCAACUUGCUUGGGUGCAUUAACGGGCACUACGGGACGCGUCUUAUCGAGGGCAGUACCGGUGGUGGUCCCCAGAAGCUCAUUACGUUUUACUGCUCGAUCUUGGCGGUGUUCCUCAGCUACCGCUUAGUGUUUAAAGACGUGUUGCGAGUAGCGGGCCUUAUCGAUGACGACAAUGAAACCACACCGCUGAAACCUCCCCGCAAACGCGAAGAGAAGUUUCUUGAUGAUUACGAGGUUAUAGACCCCUCGGUGGCGCCGUGA